AUGUUUUGUGAAAAAUAUAAACAAUUUUUGAAAAAUAUGACGAAACCCGAAUGCUCCAAACAGGAAGCUUCAAACACGAAAAGCAAGGCUGAAAAAGACUCACAAAUAAGCACACCUGAAACGGCUAAGGCUCUGUUUGCCGAUUUUGUGCCAGAAGAGUCAGACAGCGAAGAAGAAAAUGAGAAACAAGACGACAAAAAAGACGAAAAUCUUGAACCAGCGUCAAAGAAAUCACGAGACAGUAACUCGAAGAAAUACAUACCAAAGUACAAAAAAGAAUGGGAGAAUAAACCCGAAUUGAAAGCAUGGUUAUCAGAGAGCAUACAUGGAAAUACGUAUUUCUACUGCAAAUUCUGUAAAAAGGAUUACAGAUGCGGGAUUUCCGACAUUCACAAACACAUGUCGUCAAAGAAACAUGCCCUCAAAGCGGCAAUGCCUGCAUUCAAGGCACAGAAAUUUAAAUUUCGGGGGCUUUUGUGCCCCGUCUUUACCCCAUUUACUAACUUAAAAAGAGUGACACCUGAUGUAAACCUUAAGGCUAUACCAAAAUACGCAAAUUUUUUAAAAGCUUGCAAUAUUAAAGGAAUUUUAAUUAAUGACAUAACCGGGGAAGGAAUGUCCUUAACCAUUCAUGAAAGAAUAGAUUUGGCGGACGCGUGGGCUGACGCUUGUGAAAAAACAAAUCAGUUUUUGAUGGCACAAAUCGGGGGAGCCCCCCUCAAAGACGUUAUAGAAAUGGCAAAACACGCCGCUAAGAGGGACAUCGGCGCUGUUGUAAUCCUCCCCGACCUUUACAACAAACCAAAAAACCACCUAGACCUAAUCAAGUACAUAAAAUUAAUAUCAGAAUUUACAAAAAACGUCCCCAUUCUCUAUCACCACAAUCCCAAGUUUACGCAAGUUGAAAUUGAUAUUACGUCGUUUCUGCUGGAUAUAACGGGAGAAGUGGAUUCGUUUGUAGGCGUCAUUUAUAGCACGAAUGAUAUACAACAGAGCACCGCUGCUAUGGCGGUAAAUAGGGAAAAGUUUACCGUUUUUAUGGGCACCGACGAAGCAAUUUUGGGGGCUGCUGCGAGCGGUUUUACGUGUAUUAUGGGCACAAGUCUGAACUUUUUACCAAAACUGGUUGAAUCCAUUUGUGUGGCUGUGCGAGAAGGGGAGAUAAAAAGCGCCCAAACGUCACAGAAUUUACUCAACAGGACGAUAGAUGUGAUUGCGAAACAAGGCGACUACAUAGCGGCCUCAAAGGCUGCAACUGACAUCAUUACUAGCACUUGCGGCACAACCACCAGAGAGCCUUUGCAGACGUUAUGGGAAGGCACGACAAAGAAACUCCAAUGCAAAUUGCGCGAACUUGGUGUUAUGUAAGUCAUUUUUAUAUUUUUACACAUUCAUUUAUAAAACAAUAAAUUACAAGACUCUA